UUUAGAGAAGGGGAGAGGGAAGAAGAAAGGGAGAGAAACACCAGUGUCUGUCUGCCUUUGGCACGCCCACACUGGGAAUCCUGCCUGCAACCCAGGCAUGUGACCCCACUGGGAAUCGGACCCGCAACCCUUUGGUUCUCAGGUCGGCACUCAAUCCACUGAGCCACACCAGCCAGGUCCAAAACCUUCAUGACAGCUCAAUCCUCUCCGCCAAAUUUAAACUUAAGACCCAGGCGCUCUAGAUUCUAAACGUUUCCUGAUCGGUCCUCUCUAGCCCGUUCCCCUCUAUGGUAUCUGCUGUGGGUCGCUCUAGCCCGCACAGGAGCCAGUGAGACGCGGUGCGAGUCUGUCUAGAAUGCGGGACACGGCCUGAGGUCGUCUCGCUCUUCCGGCGGUCAGCAAUGGGGUCCUUGCGUAAAGCACUGAUCGCAGUUGCAGUAGUGAGUGCGUGGGCUGGCGUGGGCUCCGCACUCUUUGUCCUGGUAACCCCGGGAGAGGAUCGCGUUCAGGCGAUGCUAAAGGAGAUGCCGGGACAGGAUCCACGGAGCAGGGAAGAGGCGGCCAGGACCAAACAGUUACUGCUGGCCACUCUGCAGGAGGCAGCUGCCACGCAGGAGAACGUGACCUGGAGGAAGAACUGGGUGAGCAGCGGAAAGUCAACAUGAGAUGGGACCCGAACCGGUGGGUGCUGGGAGCUCCGCUCUGGCGCUGGAGUCCAAGGCCGUCUUCCUCUUUCAUGGACCUGGCGGGUAGCCCGGACCGGGAAGCUGCUGCCGAGUGAGCACGUUCCCCCUAAACCUUGCACUGACUGUGCGUUCACGUUCUUAUCGCUGGCCAGAGUCAUCGGACGUGGUCAUCGAACUGAAGAAAUCAGUAAAUCGUGUUCCUCUA